ACGUUCAUACACGCAGAGAACACCGCAACGGCCAAUCAGCGGUCGCGGAAAGCGUGGAAUUGAACGUUGAGACACCUCCGGCAUCCCCCCACCCGGUCUUCAUCACAUGCUCCUCCCCUGGAUGCUGUUGUUUGUGGUGUGUUAGCUGCCGAGGAGCUACGAGAGGGGUGGGGGGAGAGCGAGCGCGAUAUCAACAUACCCUUGUUGGUGCCGAUUGAAGCAAGAGAGGAGGCCGAGAGGCGACUUGGCUCGAACCAGACAACGGCGAGCAGCUUCCAGCUUCGCAUACACAGAAGCCGCUGGGUGUUUCGGGGUGGGAGAGGAGAAGGAGAAGGGUCCUUUGUCGAUUUUUCCUUCCCCAAACACAUACCGCCACAGGGAGUGUGUUUGGCUGCUUUCCUCCCUUCCGUGUUGUGGUUUCACUUCUCUCGCCAUGUCGGUGAAUAUGGAGGAGCUCCGGCAUCAGGUCAUGAUCAACCAGUUCGUGCUGGCUGCGGGCUGUGCGGCGGAUCAAGCGAAGCAGCUGCUCCAGGCGGCACACUGGCAGUUCGAGACAGCGCUGAGUGCUUUUUUUCAAGAAACCAACAUUCCCAACACCCAUCAUCACCAUCAAAUGAUGUGCACACCCAGCAAUACUCCAGCCACCCCACCCAACUUCCCAGACGCUCUUGCUAUGUUUUCCAAGCUGCGGACUUCUGAGAAUCUCCAGAGCAGCAACAGCCCCAUCACGUCCAUGGCCUGUUCUCCUCCUGGUAGUUUCAGUCCGUUCUGGGCUUCUUCGCCUCCCAACCACCAACCUGCCUGGAUCCCUCCUUCAUCACCCACCAGUCACAAUCUCCACCAUCACCUCCACCAUCAGCAGCCCAUGUGGCCUCCUGUGUCUCAACAAGGCCCCCCACAGCAGAAAGCCAUGACGGCAAUGGAUGGCCAGAGAUAAGACUUAAUGUUUUCGGAAUGGGGGAAGAAGCUGGGGUGGGGU